GGUGGCGGGUCUUGGUUUGCGGAAGGGGCUGGAGUCGCUGCUUCUCGGUGACCGGCGCGUGGCCCGGCCAAUCCUGCCGCCGCCACCCACCCGCAACCGCGUCCGUUGACGGUCGGGUCCUUGGUCGCCGGGUCCUUGCGGGGCACCACAGAGCGGGGUGGCGUCCGCUCCCUCGAGUCCUCGGUGCCAGGGAAUUCACCGCUCACCACCCCCUGCCCCGCCUUGGGUCCUGCUCGGGGACCAAACCACUGGAAGGCAGUGGCGGGAAACGGGCGCCUGUGCCGGAGAUAAUCCUGAUGUAAACCAUUGACAUAGCCAGAAAAUCACCAGGCUGGAUUUUCCAAACUCAGCUUCAUAACCUAUUCUGUUUGAGGGAACAUGAGCCAUUUGCAGAGCUUAUUGUUAGACACCCUCUUGGGAACCAAGCAUGUGGACAGUGCAGCCCUCAUCAAAAUCCAGGAGCGGAGCUUGUGUGUAGCAUCACCAGGUUUCAAUGUAACGCCCAGUGAUGUCCGAACACUGGUGAAUGGAUUUGCCAAGAACCCUUUGCAAGCCCGAAGAGAAGGACUGUAUUUCAAGGGAAAAGAUUACAGAUGUGUCCGGGCAGAUGAAUAUUCUCUUUAUGCCAAAAAUGAGAACACUGGUGUGGUUGUUGUGAAGACCCAUCUAUAUCUUCUGGUGGCAACUUACACUGAGGGCAUGUAUCCUAGCAUCUGUGUGGAAGCCACAGAGAGCCUGGGAGACUACCUAAGAAAAAAAGGAAGUUAAGUCAUCAGAGGCCCAUGAAAGACACUUUUAUUAUUUUAGAAGAAAAUUGAAGAGCCUAAAGAAAAAAUAUUUUAUGGUUGAAAAAACACUAGACAGAAGGCACUAAAAAAGAAGAAUGAAUUAAGGGAGCAAUUUUUAUUACUUCCAGAGAUCCUCUUCUUUCACUGGAAUUACUUGAUCAACUGUUUUUUAAUAAGUGUUGGUCGUCGGCAUGGAAUGAGAGAGCACUGAUCAUUUCACAGAGCAUAUCUAUUGGGAGGCUCCUUUCUGUGAGGCUCUUGUACUCCUACACACCUUGCUAAGUAUGCCAAGAAUGCAAGGCUCUCACCACUCUUUAUCCAAGACAUUUCUCAGGGUUAGGUUGCAGCAAGCAACCUUGAAAAAUGAAGGGAUGUCUACCAUCAGGACAGAGAGCAAGCUUGCUUACUGUUUGCUAUAAAAGCAGUGGAGUCCCUGAGCUCAGUGUUACCCCUCCUGUAAUACAACUCCCUGCAUGUGUGACAUCUAUCUGGCUCACAUCACCCCUGUGAGACUUGGGAGAAGGGAUUGCAAAGGCCAUUCAACAAUGGACCACUAGUCAAGGUAUUCAAUGGACAUUUCACACUCCCAUUUGCAGGUAUCUGGUAUCAUUUUGAACAUUGGAAAGGCCUUCUCAAAAAUCAACUCAAAAAGAUUUCUGACUCUAACCCUAACUCUCACUGCACACCUUAGUAAGGCAGUAUGGUCACUAAAUGCACCCUUCCCCAGAAAGAGUUCAUCUCCUCUUGGUCUCCUAGGUGAUAAUCUGGACCAUAAGGGUGGAGAGCUAUAGAACCUAUUUUGAAAAUUCAAGAUUCUACACUGA